GAUGCUGUUAGGACGGACGGGGACUGGAUUUCGCGCAAGCCAAUAGGCCUCCAGAGACCGAUGAGCAACCUUUUUGAGAAUAGCCAAUUCUCAUUCCAUCUAGGCACGAGUGAUGGGAAUGAGGCUUUGGUUGAUCGGCUUGGCGACUGCGGUGAAUGUAAUUCACUUACAUUCCAGGCUUCAGGUCUCGACUCCAACGGCAGUCAGCCUUCCCGAGGAUCAGCCGUUUCAGUUUCGAGAAAAUCAGCAUUCAAGUCGCAACCUGCCGAGCAAAACAUUUCAGAGGCGGUGGAUCGGAGGUACUUCAAAGCAAAUGAUUCAAUCGAAAAUAAUGAAAAAGAAGAUGUUAAACUGAAGCAUACAUCGCUCACGCGAUCCGACCAGGAAAACGGUUUUAGACCUCGACGAGCGCUCUUUCUUGACAUGGAGCCGGCUAUCAGCGGGCUUGAGAUGCUUCUGAAUGGGCUGAAGAGAAGUGUCAGCUUAUACCGCUUCAAUAGUUCAUUUCUACUAUUCCCCAAGUCCUUGGUGCGUGAGUCCAAACCAUCACCGGCCACCACACCUCCCAUACCCUCUUGGGUAGAUCCGAUCACUUCUGAACGGGUUUGGAUCUCAGCAGACGGCAUUUCUACCAAUUCUAUUGUUGCCGGCUUGAAUCUUGCAUCGCCAAACUUCUGUUCCUCCUCCUCCUCCAGCCUUCAUCAAACUCCCAACGGUGUAGCCUCAGGCCUUGCCAGUCCUGUUGUCACGCCAGAGACCGGCAGCCGGAAUCCGUCGAUCAACUUACACUUGCCUGGAAAGAGGAUGUUUUGUGCCAGUUCUGGCGCCAAAAUGCCUCUUGGCGCAACGAGUGGACUCUGCGGGCUUAGGCCAGCUCCUGUCACGGCACGGGUGCCGCGGAUUGCAAGAGCCUUGGCGGCAAGAGUCACACAUCGUCAGGCCUUGGAGACGGAAUGUUUCUCCAGACGAGAGUAA